AUGAUCCAGCCCAGCUCCUUUGAUUACAACGGCAAAAUCUUCAGCGCCAUUAAUUUCUUCAAUCUCUGCCCAGAAUUGAGCACAGGCAGCGGCGCGGGGCUGAGCCCGGAGAAGCGGGCGGUGCUGGGGGCCUCGCUGCUGCUCCUCCAGCGCGACUACCGCUUCGAGCGGGUCUGGUUCUGGGGCUGCAUCCAGGGCGUGCGCGGCGCCUACUACAUCGCUGAGGGGCUGGGCCCUGACCGCGCCGCGCCCCGCAGCCGCCUCUACAGCUUGAACUGCGUGGAAUGGAACCUCCUGCCACCAGUGACCAAGGAGAUGGUUGCGCAGGCUGAGCAGCUGAAGGGCCGUUUCCAGGGGGAUCCUUCUUUUGAGUACGAGUACACUGAGAUAAAUGCAGAAGAUGCUGAAAGAUUGCUUGAAGAUGGUAAGGAGACCGUGAUCAAGGAGGAGUCCCGCCUUGUAGCUACGAUAGAACAGAUAGACAGAGCAGUUGGUAUCAUCCCUCGGGGGGCAUUUGUGAAGACUCCUCUUGGGUCUGUGCAUGAAAACAGAAACUUUGAAGGUCUUUCUUUGACGGAGGCAAAAAAACUAAGUUCCUAUUUCCAUUUUGCUGAGCCUGUUAACCUGAAGAAUAAAACCCUGCUGGAAAAGGCUGACCUGGACCCAUCCACUGACUUUCUAGACUCUCUGGAGCAUGAUAUCCCACAAGGCUCCUGGACGGUCCAGCUAGAGAAGGGAGGCACUGUGGUGGUGCUGCGGAGCCUGCUGUGGCUGGGACUGACCUUCUACCAUGUCCCUAUGACCAAGCAAUAUGGCUACGUCUACUUUGGCAGUGGUGAGAAGAACUUGGAUCUGCCCUUCAUGCUGUGAU